AUGCCUGUGGUUGAAGAACGUUAUGUUACUAUAUUUAUCUCUGGCGAUGGUUUUUUUUUUACUUCUGAUUUAGACAUCAUUUUCGAAGAAACACAUUGUUACAUAUUAGAAAGCAUUAUUUACCGAGCAAGAAGUGCAAAGCCACAAGAUGCUAUCGAUGAAUGUUCAGAGGCCUAUAAAGCGGGAUCCUUCCAAAUAGGAAAAUCAAGUCUUCAAUUAUUUGCGAUUCUCCAUUUCAUUCUUUCUGGCCUUUCAGCUGUAAACUUGGAAAUCCUACGAAGUGAACACAUUACGGAAGAGUUUAAGGCAGUUUCUGUCCUAUUUGAUGAGGAUUGGAACCCUUGA